AUGCCACGACCAAGCUCCCGCAUCCUUCACGCCCUCCCCCGCCACGCCUCGACCUCGACCUCGACCUCAACCUCGACCGCCCGCUCUCUGAACCCACCCGCUAUCCCCUCUUCCUCCGCCACACCCUUCGACAUCCCCUCUCCCUCCAACGCCCCCAUCUAUGCCUCCUCCUCCUCCUCCUCCGACACCCCCCUCGAUCCCACAAUCCCCCCACCUCUCCUCCACACCCUCCAAACCCUCCUCUCCCCCCUAACCCCCCUCGCCUCCCUCCGCCACGCCCUCCUCCACCCACCAACCCGUCCCCACCACCAAAAACUCCCCCCCGACUCCCGCUGGCGCCGCGCCCAUCGCCCUCUUGAGCGCGCGCAAGACCGCGCAGUCCACGCCUGCAUCCGCCGCGCCGCCGCGACCGCCUCCGCGCCGCAGCUCAGCUUCCUCUACCCCAACCCCGCCGCGGCCGCCGACGAGGGCGCGCGCAUCGGCUCCCUCGCGAUCGGGCUCGCACUACAACGGCAACUACACGAAUGCGCGAGUGCGGAGGCGCUGCUCGGGAUCGUGACGCGCGCGCUCGCAGAGCCGGUGGCGCGGGCGGCGUUGCUGGGGCGGCUGGACGCUUUGGGGGGCGCGGUGGAGCGGAUAGUAGCGGCGCGCGGGGAGAGGGCAGCCGCCGCGGGGUGCCUGAGGGUGCUGAAUGCGCUGCUUGCGCGGGUGAGGGCCGCGGGGGAAAAGGACGCGGAGAGGGGGGUGUUGGGGCUUGCGGCGGGAGUCGCGGCGAAAGUGGGCGCGCCGAGGGCGUUGGGGGCGUAUCUCUGCGCGUUGAGGGAGGGGAGGUGGGGGAUUGAGAGGGAGGUUUUUGAGAGGGUGUGUCGGGGGGUGAGGCCGUGGUUGGGGGCGGAUGGGGAGGAGGGGAGGGGGGAGAUGAUGCGGAGGGUUGUUUUUGGGGGGAUUGGAGGGGAUGAUGGGAGGGAGUGCCAUCUUGAGACGUUCUGCGAGCGCGAGGACGAGGCCUGCCAUUGGGCGUGGGCGGAGCUGCUGGCAAUCACGAAAUCCGUGGACAAGCUGGUGGAGGAGUGGGAAUGGAGGCGGGCGUGGCUGCUGGAGACGCAGAAAGGCCCUGAGCGGCACCAGACGUACCAGUGUGAUCGGGGGUUCAUCGGCUUGAUGGAGGUGAUAUCGAGCAACACCGCGUGGGACAUGUUCCACAAGUCGAAGCUGAGUUUGAGCGAUCUACCGCUGCAUCUGAGGUCCCGCCUCGUUAAGAACCCGCCGCCGGGCACGGCGUGGACGAAGGAGAUGGAGGAAGCGUCGUUGGAGAUGCUUCAGGGGGAGCUGGAGAAAGUGGAGUCGAGGCUUGGUGUUCAGUGGAUGCAUGGGGAAGCGGGUGAAGAGGGCAUGCAUAGAAGGGCCGUCGAUGAGGAAGGGGUAGGGACGGCUGAUUAUGUGUCAAUUUGGGAUUGGGCAGCUGAGAUGAGUUGGGGGGAGGAGUUGGGGAAAGAGUUGGAGAAAGCGAGAGAGCAGGAGGCUUGAUGUGUAUGGAAUACUGGUUAGAUGUGUAUAGUACGAAAUGUAGAUAUGAGGCUUCGACGGUUGGGAGCCGUUGCUCUACUGAUAAUAGACGGAGCUACUCCUAAAUAGCAGCGAGACAAGUGUCUUGGAACGGUUUGUAGCCGCU